AUCUUGGAAUGGACAUGGGCGAGGAGGAGGCGGAGGAGGAGGGCGCAGGGAGGAGCCGCCUGUGCUUCCUGCCCCCGCACGGCCGAGAACGCGACCGGCUGAACAAACAGCAGCUCCCGGAGGGGGGAGAAUCGCCCCUAAACGCCCCCCGUCCCUUUCCUCAGAGGGAGGAGAAGCGCGGCCGCCCCGCUGGGGCUGCAGUCAGGUGACGGCGGCGGGCCGCCCAAAAUGGCGGCCGGGCCGCGGCGGCUGAGGGGCGAGAUCCGCCCGUAGCUGAGGGGCGGGGAGGCGGGGGGCUGCCCGCGCUGGCGUCUGGCUGUCUGUGUGUCCGUCUGCGAGCGGGGAAGGGGCUAUGAUCGUUCUGGGCCGCGUCUCCGGCGCUCGUUGAAGGCGCAGCCUGCCCGACCAUGGCUCUGAGGGAGCUGAAAGUUUGCCUGCUGGGGGACACUGGUGUGGGCAAAUCAAGUAUUGUGUGGAGAUUUGUAGAAGAUAGCUUUGAUCCCAACAUUAACCCAACAAUAGGAGCCUCAUUUAUGACCAAGACUGUACAGUAUCAAAAUGAGCUGCAUAAAUUCCUAAUUUGGGAUACAGCUGGACAGGAACGGUUUCGUGCUUUAGCCCCAAUGUACUACAGAGGGUCAGCAGCAGCCAUUAUAGUUUAUGACAUCACAAAAGAGGAGACUUUCUCAACGUUAAAGAAUUGGGUUAAAGAGCUUCGACAACAUGGACCUCCAAACAUUGUUGUAGCUAUCGCGGGAAAUAAGUGUGAUCUUAAUGAUGUAAGAGAAGUCAUGGAAAAAGAUGCUAAAGACUAUGCAGAUUCCAUUCAUGCAAUAUUUGUAGAGACAAGUGCGAAAAAUGCAAUAAACAUUAAUGAACUCUUUAUAGAAAUUAGUCGUAGAAUUCCAUCAACUGACACGAACCCCCCAACUAGUGGUAAGGGAUUCAAACUUAGAAGACAGCCAUCGGUGACAAAGCGCAGCUGCUGUUGACUGAUCCAUUAGAAAAUCAGACUUGUUUAUACAGUAGGUGGUCUUGGAAGUUAAUAGUUCACGUUGGGUUUAUAUUAUCAGUCUUAGAUCUCUAUCUGCUGGUGUUCAUACGCCCAAGGUCCUACAAAAAUGGGCCAGCUCAUCUGACAUCUGUAUGCUCGCAGAAAAGACUGCAAUCAUAAUGUCAGCCUGUUUACUUACAAAAAGUGUAGUAUCUCUUGUAUUCAAAGGGAAUCCAUCAUCAGUUUUGUGGCCUUGCUUAAAGGAAGGUGACUAUGGACGGUAGAACUGAAAUGUUUAGUAGUUUUGUAAUCAAGAUUUUGGUUUUUUAUAAAAAGGGAAAUGAGCACUUUUGUGGGACUUGGGGGUGGGAGGAGUCUGUUGAAAUUUGAAAGUUAGUCAGAUGUCAUUUCUUCCUUUUCUUCAGUGAGCCUUAUUUGAGAUUUAACUGUAGCUAAUCCAAAGUAUAAUGAGACAGUUGGUUUGAGGUGGCUACAGAAUAAGCAGCUGAAGACAGAUAAUAGGCAAAUCAGUCCAUCCACUCCCCAGAACCCAUUUGCACUUUUUAUUUAAAGAUGAUACACGCCGGGGAUGGGGACACAAACAAGAGGUCUUAAACCACAGACAAUCUUUUUUUCCAUGCUGACUUUAAUCACUUCAAGGCAAACUGAUAUGCUUUAUAGUCGUCAUCUUGUUCUUAGAAGGUUUUUAAUAUUAAGAUGUUGAUUGAAGAAAACCUAGCUGUAGUUCUGACUAAAUUAAGUGAUUACUGACUAAAAACAGAUGCUGUAAACAGAUGCUGCCAAUAGUUCUGAUAAGACUUAAAAGGCUGGAGGGGAAAGCUUUUAAUUGUUUAGCAUGUGUAAAGAGUUCAUAUUAUAUUUAAGAGACCAGUGUUUAAAGUACUCUAAAUUAUGUAAAAACAGUUUUUUAAAAAAAUGCAAUCUUAUUCACUCCUUCCAUUCCACACCUACGGAUAAACUCCUGGGGUUAUCUAUCAGUUGUUUUUUUUCCAGCAUUUUAGGUAUUGUCACUGUUGGUGACUUCAUCCAGAGACAGGCUGAAAUUCACUCUUUAAAUCCCAUUUGAAAGAUUAAAUAGAGGCUGCUGUCAGUGCAAUGUGAGGUCUGUCUGUUGAACAAGUUUUCAUCUGUGGUGCACCCAGUCUUUCCUGUUUUGGGCACAAAAGUACAAAUAGGAAGUAACCUUAAGACGUGGUAAUGUAGAUCAUUACCUCUUGGUUCCUGGGCUUUUUCACCUGUGAGGACUUUUUUUUUUUUUAAGUAAAUCAGUGUUUAGCUUAUAUUGUGUUGGUUUUAGUAUGCUCUCAAUUAAACUAUAGAUUGACCAUACCCUAUUGUGCUUUUUUAUUUAUUUUCGCUUUUUGUUUCCUACUGGCAGUAGUGAGGAACUUUAUACUUUUGAAGAAAAAGAUCUUAAAAUACUCAAGUAUAUACUACUAUGCUGUUGAGCUUUCCAAUUGAAAUGAGGUCAUGGUGAGAUAUUUGUUCUCUAUAAUCUGGCUUUCUAUCAUCUCAAGUAUUUUCUCUUAAGGAAAUGGGAGAAAAGUUUUUAAAAAAUGAAAGAACUUACAAUUCAGAUUAGUUUGUAUUAAUCAAAAUUCUUGUAGAGCUCUUAUGGAGCAGAACAGUUAAACUGUUAGGGUGAAAGUUUAAAUGGAUCAGUAUGUUUUAAUGAAAUUUGACUACAUUUUUUAAAUCAUUGUACAGGCUUCAUGGUUCAUACAUAAAAUAUUUCAUUUAUUAAAUAAUAAAUCUGGAAAUUUUCUUGAACUAGAAAAUAUAGUAAGAAAAGGAAAGUAUUAAAUAUCAGGAAUAUCUUCCAUGCAGGUUAGUAGAAAAAGGUUUUUGAACUUGCUAAAUUUAUGGCUUGUAGCAUGGAAUAAAAAUGGAGUUUAAGUCCUCUUUUUCAAUGAGAUAAUAAAAAUCGUGUAAUGUUAUCUAUCCAAUAUUUAUUGACUUGAGAAGAAAUACUGAAUUCUAGGCUGGACUGAGAGCUAGGUUAAUACUGAGAUUAUUGUAGCUGUCUCUAGUCAUACUGCAUCAUGUACUAUUACACCACUUUUAUUAUCUCACUGAUCCUAUAUAGUAUCUCUUAGGAAAUCUUUAUAAAGUACAUUCUAAGCUAUUCUCAUUUACUUGAUGCAUACCAAAAUUAGUCUUAAAACAAAAAAACAAAAAAAAACAACUUAAGCAGCAACAUCAACCUGGCUCUUCACAGAUGUAGCUAAGUCUUGAUUUGAUGCCUCAGACUCCUUUUGUAUGCAUAUUACUAAUCUGGGUGAAAUACAAGCAUACUUCAUAGCUUUUUUUGCAAUCCCGAUCUUGAUUUACUCCAGUUAAUGAAGACAUGGAAAUGACCAUGGUUUGCCCAAACUAGAAACAUUGAACUGAGACUGGUUUUUAAGACCAUGCCUAUGUAAAAUGACAGACUGUAGAUGUCAGUUCAUUUGGGCCAAGAUAACUUUUUGUUGAUCAGUAGGCCUUAACCAAAAGUUGAAAAAAAAAGUCUUGCCUGGAUGAGAUGUGCAUGUUUGAGAUCUCAUUUUUGUUGGAGAAAAAUGAUUUCUUCUGUACUAAUAAUUUUUUAGGCCAUCUGAUUUCAUUUUGCGCUAGGCUUACUGGAAUUGAUUAUAUUUUUCCCUAACAUAGCCUCUCUAUUUGGAGAAAAAUUAGCCUUUGAGUGUUAGAAGGAUUGAUUAUCAACCAUUCCAAAUAACUUAAGUAACUUUGUUAAGAAGUUAUUGAAAAAAGCUUGGGACUUGAGUUUUAUUCUGCUACACCUUUCUUUUUCAUGAAUUGUGAUCAUCAUAGAGACUAGUUUUUAAAAUAAUCUAAAAGCGAAUUGAUGGCUUAAAAAAAAAAAGAGUUGAGAGGGACAAGUGUCAUAUUUGUAAACAGAUAAUGAGGUGCAUGUCAUAAAAUUGAUUUAGAGCAUUUUUAAAUUGACAAAAUGCUACUAUUUCCACCUCUAUACAAUGCCAACUCUUUCCUACAAAAGUACAGCUUCUAUAAAAAUUGUACUUGACAAAUGGCUUGUUCCUAAGCUUUGGAGUUACUUAAAUGUGCUGCCCAAGUUUUGGAGGGUGUCUUCAUCAUUCCCUAUAAAUAUAGUUUCCCUAUUAAAAAGUUUCCUAUAAAAAGGAAAAACUAUAUUUAGUUCCCUAUAAAAAAGUUUCUUAAGUGACUUGCUAUGCUAUGUGAGUAGCUUUGUAGCAUAUUUUAGAUACAUGCUGGAAACCGGCAUACUAAGUGCCUAGAUAGGUGAGUUGUGGAAGCUUCUGUUUAACAAAAUACAAAGGCAUUUAGUGGCCAAACUACUGAAAAUUGUAAUAGGUGCUUUGAAAAGUUCUAAGAAAAUUCCAACAACUUUUGCUGUUUCCAAGAAGGUAAAGACUUCGUAUGUUAUUAAAUCCACAUUGAAACAAAAAUCAUUGCACUUUAAAUUCCUACUGGUAUCAGUGAGACCUUUUCUUUAAGUGCCACAGUAUCAGACAGCUCAUAGUUCAGAGGGGUGUUCAAUGCAGACUUGUCUUUGAUAUGUUUGUGUACAUAGUACCAAUUUAAUGCUAUCAGCGUGCUCAGGAAAGAAUACAUACAUGCCUGGGAAGAGACUAAGAGGAGAGGCAGCCAUGCCUACCUACUGAUCCUGAAUUCUGUUCCUUUAACCUGGUCAAGAGAUGCGAGAUUCAUUGGGAAUUGCUUUCAUUCAUGGUUAAAGUUUCAUUUUAGUUAUCAAAAAUAAUUCAUUUUCAAUAUUUUGAAUGGUUUAAAAAAAUUGGCCUUGACAAGCUUUUUGUUAUGAUGUUAAUCCUAAAUUGUUCCUUAACAUUAGUGUUCAUUUCCAGUAUAACAUUGAGUAUUAGUUGGAAAAGAAAACUUUAUUAGUGAUGAUUGAAUGACGUUCUUGUGAAACUGUCUUUAGUGUUUAUUAAGGAUAAGACAGUCUAUUUGUGGCAUGCUAUGUCAGUAGUCUGCAAAGACUAUCUUGGGAAUUGAUGAUUUACAGGACAGAAGCUGUAUAAACUGUGUGGCUAGUCACCCUGUAGGGAGCCUUGCUUACAAGCAGCAAGAACUACAUAAAAGUAGAAAAAUAUCUCAAGCAUGGGGAGAGUCUGAAUAUACAACUGACAUCAACUUCUACACUGCCUAUUCAUUUUCUGAAAUACUUCGGAUAUCUUUCUUAAACACUUUAAAUCUCUAAAAAGAGGCUCGUCUUCCCAUGGACAAGAGACAGGGAUAAACUUUCUUAACUUAGCGGGAAGUUGUUUUACAACGACCCACGACUGUAUUUGUAUGCAAUGAGUCAGUUUCUCAAAGCAUGAGAAUUGUGUGCGUGGAAGUAAGGUUUUCAAAGAUCUGUAUAACAUUCUUCAGAGAGAACUCUUAACACCUGAACCUCUCUCAACAAUUUACCAAAGGUCUUGGUAGCCUAGGGAGUUCCCUUCUGACUGGAAGCUAGCCAGUGUUUUACCCAUCUACAAGAAGGGCACUAGAGAAGACCCAGGAAGUUACAGACAUGUCAGUCUAACCUCAGUCCCUGGAAAAGUUAUGGAGAAGAUUAUCUUGAGUGCUGCUGAAAGGCAAUUAAAGAACAAAACUUUGAUCAGGUGUAGUCAGCAUGGAUUCAUGAAGGAAAGGUCCUACCUUAGUCAUUUGAUCUCCGUCAAUGACAAGGUUGCCCACUUAAUGGAUGAAGGGAAGGCAGUACAUGCAGUCUUUCUGGAUUUUAGUAAGGCCUUUGAUACUGUCCCUCACAAUAUCCUGGAGAGAUUGUCCAGCUGAGUUAAACAGGUUCACACUAUGCUGGGUGAUGAACUGGCUUGACAGUAGAGCUCAAAAGGUAGUAAAUGGGGCUGUGUGUGCUUGGUGGCAAGUCCCUAGCAGUGUUUCCCAAGGCUCAAUUCUAGGGCCAGUUAUGUUCAAAGUUUUUAUCAACGAUCUGGGUGCAGAAGUGGAAUGCAUCCUCGGCAAGUUUGUGGAUGACGCUAAACUGGGAGGUGCUGUUGACUCCCUGGAGGGAUGAGAGGCCUUGCAGAGGGAUCUAGACAGAUUGGAGCAAUGGACAAUCAUCAAUGGCAUGAAGUUUGACAAGGGUAGAUGCUGGGCUGCACUGGGAUGGAGUAAUUCUGGACACAGGUACAGACUGGGAGAUGAGUGGCUGGAGAAUGGCUCUGCAGAAAGGGCCCCAGGGGUACUGGUGACAGCAGGCUAAACACAAGCCAGCAGUGUGCCCUGGCAGCCAAGAGGGCAAACCAUAUUUUGGGGUCCAUUAAACACAGCAUAGCCAGCCAGUCAGAAGAGGUGAUUCUCCCACUGUAUUUAGCAUUGGUGCAGCUUUUCCUUGAAUAUUGUGUGCAGUUCUGUGCCUACAACAUAGAAACGAUGUUAAGAUACUUGAAUGCAUCCAGAGGAAGACAACAAAGCUGAUGGUAAGCGGGCUGGGAGGCAUGUCCUGUGAGUAGAGGCUGAGGACACUUGGGUUGUCUAGUUUGGAGAAGAGAAGGCCAAGAGGUGACCUUACUGCUCUACAAAUCCUGGGGAGGGGAAGCGGGGAGAGAGGUGCAGGUCUCUGCUCCCUGGUGACUGACAGUGGAAUGUGAGGGAACAGCACAAAGCUGUGCCAGGGAGGUUAUGGGAGUGUGGUCAAACACUGCAACAGGCUUUCUAGGGAGGUGGCUGAUGCCCCAUGCUUGUCGGUGUUCAGGUGGCUUUGGGAUAAUGCCACCCAUAGUAUGCUUAGCUUCUGGUUAGCCCUGAGGUGGUCAGGUAGUUGGGCUAGAUCGGCUUUGUAGGUCCCUUCCAACUGAACUAUUCUAUGCUCACAUUGCAUCUCUAUUUAUAGAUCAUAUCCGUACUAAUGUUUGGCAACAGAAGACUUAUAAAAGAUAUUGGUGUGAAUUAUCAAUCUAAGAUUUAAAAAAAAAAAAGUUUAGUAUAAUUAAUUUGUCAGCUGACCUUUUCAGAGUUGUAUGGCUCCAGCCUGUCAAAAGAAAUAAGCUUGAAACUACAUCUUUGUUUCUUGUACAAGAAUUCAAGUGCCAACAUAUUUCUCUAUAAUUGUUAGGCCUUCUAACACCAAUGCUUGUUUAAAAAAAAAAAUAUAUAUAUAUAUAUAUAUUACUUUCUGGUCUUUUGAAUGCAAACCUUAAAGUCAGAUAGGAUCAAAGACGCUUGAUGUGCAAAAGCUGAACAAGCAUUAUCCAACUUUAUCCAUGAAGUGUCACAGAUUUAAAAAAAUUAAAAAGUCAUUCAAGGCCUAUAAGAGUAUCCUGCAACCCAAGAAUAUUGAUGGAUUUCCUCUCUGACAUGUUAAAGUGAUUCUCGGCUCAACUUUUUCUUCCUUCCCCUCUCAAUACCCCCCACCCAAGCCUGAAUUUUUAAGUACUGUGAGUGUACGUGCUACAAAGAGCUAUUUAAAAAUGCUUACAAAAGUUCUGGUGGCUUAGAGUUAUUUGAUGCUUCCUAUUUCACAUGGGAAAUCAAGGCACUAGGAUGAAUGUGUCCCCUUAAAAAUCAGUAGAGUGUUUGCUGAAACUGUUCUAAUUCUAGAAUAGAGAAUUUCUAGAAGAAACAAUUUUGUUUUUCCCAUUGCAUCAUACUGCAAGUUAGGGGGGUUAAUUUUUUGCUUAAACACUAACAAUUUUAUUCAUGAAGGUUGGGUUUUCUUUGUUUUAUUCAUGUUAAUAUUUUCACAUGUUGAACAAACCAACUGCUACUCCUUUUCUAAUGUUGAAGGAUACAGACAACCUUUUCUGUCAUUCUCUUCAUUUGUGUGGGUGUAAUAUUCCAUCCAGUUGUUGAAGUCCAAUUCAGACCCAUAGAAAGAUUCGCUGCUGGAUUCACUGCUACUUUCUUGCCUUACUUUUACUCACGUUGCAGUAUGUAUUUCCUAUUAUUAAAUCCAUUCUCUUUUCUUGAGAAUUUGUUCUUUGUUUCCUUAUGGGAUCUAGCCAAGAAAAGGUGGCAAGUGUCUUUUUUCCUCCUUAAAGGUUCGAGAAGUAUCUGUCACAGCAGCAAAUAUUGUUAAUAAAAUGGUAAUUCAUUAGUACAGCGUUAUGAAAUUAAGAAAUCAUAGCAUCUGAGACACAUACCGCUACUUUAUUACACCAGAUAGGAGGCUAAAAGCACAUUCGCCUGAAGGAAGUAAAUUAUUGUAAAGCCCUAAUAACAUAAUUUAAACUCUCCUGUAUUUUAGCUUCUGUACUUCCUAUUUCUGAAUAUAGUGCAUCCAGCAUUGAAAUUGUGGCAGAGUGAAUUGAUACAAGACACGAAUGGAUCAUAUUUCUGUAGCUGUAGGACACUUAAGAAUUCUUGGCAAUUUUCCCUCUUGUGUUCCUUAGCCCCCAGUCCAAUGAAGAAAAAAGGAAAUAAUUCUGAAGGUUUCUGAACAAAAACUUUUGCAUUUGCAUUUGUGUAUUCAGGGCACAAAAAUAACCUGAUAUGCAUAUAGCUCUUGCAGUGUAAUAAAUGUAUGCCUGUAAAAUUAAGCGUGAAGGUUAACCUUUGUAUCAGCAGUUCUUGUCCCUCCUGAGAAUGUUCUGUCUUUUUGUUAUAGUAUUGGGUUAACCUGUUAAAAAAGAUUGAAAGGUCUGUGCCUUCUUAUUAUAAUAUCUCUUAUUAAGACAAACUAAAGCCGCUCAAAGUUACAGAGCAUUUGCAGCACUGUAAACUGCACAAAUUUACAACCAUUGCUUCACUGCAUGAAAUGUAGUCAGAUUGCGAGUGGUGAAAUAUAGUGAUGAAUUCCUAAGCUUAUGAAUGUUUUUGAGACUUUUAUAGUCUUCUCUUGGGCUGGUCCCGAGGAUGUGUACAGGUUUGUCUGUAUUGUUGGUUUGUAGAUGCUAAUGAAGAAAACCAGACUUUUGUUCUCUCCUUUUUGUUUGUAUUGUUACACUCCCAUAUAGUGCGUAGACUGAAAAUAAAGAAAUGUUGGUUUGGCAUAAAGUAAACAGCAUUUUCAGCUUAAGCAUUCAUAAUAAACUUUUAUAGUGUAAUAACAUGCUAAAUCACUACCAGUCCGAUGUAUUGUGCAAAAAAGGUGUAAACAUUUUAUUAAUAAAAAGCUUUGUUUAUAAA